AAUUCAUCUCCCCCUACCAAAAAAAAAAGAGUUCCCACUAAAAAAAAUUAUAUACAUAUAUCGUCGAUAUCGCAGAAACAUACUGACAAGUACCGACAGUAUAGAAGUUAAAUCAUGUCGGCUACACCAUCUAAUAAGGUAGAUUUAGCAAGUCUUGCACCUCAACAAUUGGUAGAAUUUAGAAAAUCCAUUGAUCAAGAAAUAAAUCAUUUUACUCAAUCAUUACAAGCUUUACAAACAGCACAAUCUAAAUUAAAAGAUUGUAUAACUAGUGUAGAUAAUUUAGAGAAAUCUAAAACUGAAAAUUUAUUAGUUCCAUUAACAAGUUCAUUGUAUUUACCUGGUAAAUCUAUAAAGAAAAAUGAGUAUUUAGUUGAUAUAGGUACUGGUUACUUUGUGGAAAAGCUGGCUAAUGAUGCAAAGAAGGUUUAUGAUUAUAAAGUUAAAAGAUUAGAUGAAGAUUCUAAAAAAUUAAAGGAAAUAUUAGUACAAAAGAAUGAAUUAUUAAAUACUGUUAAUUUAGUAUUAAGAAAGAAAAUGAUUGAAAUAGAAAGUCAACAACAAAGUCAGGGUCAAAAAGUAUAAAUAGAUAGAUAUUCGUAAAUCAUUAACUUCUGCAUUC